AUGCCGCACAGCUACCCCCGUCCGAAUCCUCCAUCACCUUACAUCCCCCGUGCCUCUCAACGGCCCAGUCUUUCCUCUAUUGCCUCUUCGUCCGUCUACCUUACCCCGGUACAGGAACAGCGUAUCCUCUCUUGGCGCGUCCACGCUGCUCCCCCUUCCCCGCUCAGCUCGUCUGCCCUCGCGCCCACACCCGCCCUCACCGCUUCCGCCUCACCCACGACCGGGACAGGCUCCCACUCUUCCGGCGCCAUGCAAGCCCCACCACCCCCUGAUACCCCUCAGCCAACUGUUCCUCGGAACAAGGUCAAGUCGGCCCCCGCGUCCCUCCUCACUCCGUCGGGCGGGAGCCAGUGCAAAGCGUGCGGCGGGAGUUGCCGCGGCUGCAGCACCGUCUCGCGAGCCACACACCCACCUCACAUGCCUCCGAUCAGUAACCAGAGUCGACCUAUGAUUCAUCCUCUCCCUCCUCAUCAUAUCAGCUCAAUGGUCGACGCCAACCCUCCAUCAUCCGGCUCUGGCACCGGCCAGUCCCGCCAGCGAAGCUACUAUAGCACCAAGAAGUAUCGGCAGGCGCGAGCGAUGGCGCUGAGGGAGCAGAGCGGGUAUGGGAGUGGGACGGGUAUGACAUCAGGCUCUGGUUCCGGAUCCGGGUCGGGGUUGAACGGCGGUGGCGGGCAGGAUCCGCGCGGGAUGGGGAGGGAGGGAAUGCCUUAUGCGGCUGCUCAGAACGAACCGGCCAACCAACUUCCCCCAGAAUCGCAGCCAGAAUGGGGAGGGCCGGACGGAGAAACAAGCCAGCGAGAACCGCCGCGCGUCUUCGUGCAGGCUGAUCCAGUCAUCAAUCCCACACCAAGGAUCGGAGGAGCAAGAGAUCCAGUGACCCAGCAAUACUGGCGUAUCAUGUUCCCUCCCGCUGGGGGGCCCAAGGGCAUCAAUUCUCCAACUCCUGUGUUUGGCAUGCCCGGUAUGAUGCCGUUCCACUAG